CGGCAACGCAUGGUACCCGUCGGACAGAGCGUAGCAUGACGUUGUAAGAACGCGCCUAGUCAAACCAUCAAAAUUAAACUCAGGAACUCAACAGUUUUGUUUUUCUUUUUGUGUGUGUAUGUGGCUUAAAUGGUUUUCGUGUGUGAGCUGAGCCGAUUUUUAGUUAGCGUUAGUGAUAGGAGGAAUUUUUUGGGGCUGUUUUCUUGAUCUACUGGUGAAUGGAUGUACUGAAAUAUAUAUAUUCUUGUGUGUUCUAAACUGAAUAGAUUGCAUUGGUAGUUUUGUUACGCUGAACCAUUGAACAUUGAUUACCUGCUGUCCAGUUCAUCCCGAGGAAAGUAUUUUUUUAAUGAGUGUUGUGUAUCAGAUGUUGAUGAGAUAUUUUUUUUGGAAAAGGACAUUCCGGAUUUCAAGAUGAGGACUCUGAUGUGUUUAGCGCUGGUGUUGGUAGUGUGUGUGAUGAUGGAGGCGACAGAUAGUAGUAAAGGUACAGACUUUGUCAUAACGAAUAAUUAGACCAUCUGCUGGAAAUAUAAUAUAUGUUAUAUAGGGAAAAUCAAUUAUGUCAUAAUUUAUUUUUUUUAAGUUAUUAUUUUAAAAAAUAUAUAUAUAUAUUUUUAAUGGUUGCUCUUUGUGGGGGGGUGGGGUGGGGGGGAGGGGCGAUUUUGAAAUCCUUCCGAUUUGUUUCUAACUAAUAUAAAUUUGGAUAGAUAGACAGUUAGCACAGUGGCGUAGCUGGGGUAGCGGGGGUUGCGGACCGCACAGGGUGACAUCAUCUCAGGGGUUGACACCAAAUUGCAAAAUUGCAUUUUUACAGGGCCCACAAGGGUUUGGUCUAACCGAUUUUCAUGAAAGGAUAACCAAUCACACGUCAAUUUGACACACGUGUCACCAAUUCAAAAUGCGUGCUUUAUAAAAAGUUCAAGGUUGAGGCGUAAGAAAUGAUGUGACCACAUAAUUAUGUUAGAAGAAAAAAAAAACACCAUUUGACCAUAAUUCAACGCCGAUUGAAAUGUUCGGUAACUUCUGUAAGUGACGAAAGGCUAAAAUAUUUGUCUAAAUUUUGAGAAAUAAAGCUUUCUGUUGAUACCAAUAAAUACGAUUUGGUCGGGCGAGUCUAAGUACAUUUUAGAGUUCUUAUAUACAUUUAUCUCCAGACGGUCAAUUAUUAUUUAUUUUUUAUUAUUUUUUUUUUUGUGUUCUUGCCAUUUCAUACGGUGGACUUAUUUUAACAAUUAAAAAAUCCAUCGUGAAAGUCAGUGGGGGGGGGGGNNNNGGGGGGGGGGGAGGUGUGGGGUUGGGGGGUGACACUAUAAGUUUACCGCAUCGGGUGACACCAACCUUAGCUACGCCACUGAUUUAGCAUAUUUUAUGCAGUCACCCAACUUAAAGUUAAAAUGUUGUCAUAAUUUUUAUUUGAAAUAUUGUUUGGAAUAUGUUUGCUUUUUAAAAAGACCAAACUUUAAAAAAAAAAAAAAUAAUAAAAAAAUUAACAACAGCCCAGUUAUAACAGCCUUUGAUUUGAUUAACUGCUUAGAAUGGAUAUUUUUUUUAAAUUAUAAUUUUUUUUAAAAACAUGUCAUAUUCUGGCGAAAAUCGGUUUUACAAUUUCGAAAAUCUAUUUAGUUUCAAUUGUUCUUUUUUUUUUUUUUUUUCCUUUUUCUUUGUUUUAAAUUUUAUUUUUUUUUUUUUGUAUAAGUAAAAAGUUAAGAUUUUUUUUUUUUUUUUUAAAUUUAGCUCACACGUCUGCACUGGUUUAAAACACCAUGUGUUAAAACGGAAGCGAUACAACCAUCUUUGUUCCGAACAAAAUCCUUGGUGAUAGAGUGAGCAUUAAAAAAACGUUUGAUAAAAAGAUAUAUCAUCUUAGCAACCGAGCAUACUUUAUAUAACGCGAAAAAAAGGGGGGGGGGGGUUGUUUGCCGUUCUGUUUUAUUGCUCAGGGGUGGGGGUGAUAAAUAGCAAUGUUAUGUAACAAUAAUUUUCAUUUGUGUGUUGUUUUUUUUUAAAUAAUUCGUAAUUUUGUUACAAUUUCUGAUAUUCAAAUUUACAAAAUUUAACUAUAUUAUUAAAAUCAAUAAUUGACUGUUUACUAGUUAUUUGGAAUUUUAAAAAAAAAAAACGUCUAUGAGCUGUCUGUAAGCAGCCUAUAAGCCGUCUAUAAUCAGUCUAUAAGCCGUCUAUAAAUCGUCUAGCGACCGAUAAUGCAACGGAGGAAAAUGGUGCACCAGAUGUGCUGGUGUAGGUGUAUCGGUCUGAUGUGAUGUUAAAAAUAGAAUCGUCCAAAUUAUUAAUUAUGCUGACCAGAUGCCAUAGGUUUACCUUGCCAUGGUCCAUGCAUGGUGGAAUAUAUAAACAAAUGUAUAAAUAAAUAUAUAAAUUAAUGUUUAAAUGAAUUUAUAAAUUAAUUUUAAAUAAACAUAUAAUAUAAAUAUUAAAUCAAGUCUCUACUAGAGCUGAUCUUAAUUUGUAUAUCCUCACUUAGCAUUCAUGUUUACUGUUUGCGUGUCCUGUGUUUUUAAAAAAACCUACAUGAAGAGUUACAUAUAAUAAGCAUGGUAGUAUUGAACUAAUAUUUGUAAAUAUAUCUUAAGAGUCGACCACUUAUAUGUUACCUUAGGUUGGCCAAUCGUCAAAAAAACAAUUUCAAAAGUUUUAAAAAAUGGCAUAACUCCAAAAAUGAAGUCCAUGUAUUGUCUCCUUCUGUUCUGGUAUAUAUUUUGUUUUCUGUCCAUCUCUAGGUCUUCCUUUAGUCUUCUUCAACCUUUUUUGUAUCUUCUUUCCAUCCCCUCUCGUAUGUUGGGGUGACGCUGCUGUAUUCUGUCAUGCAUGACUUUCUCGCUUUUUUUGAGCACGCCUCGACCUUUGACCCGCCAUCAAGAAAAAACCAGAGCAUGUUAUCUUUUCUCUACACAGGAAAGCUCCGGCCGCUGCAUCGUUUGAUGAAGAGGCAAGCCACUGCCAAGGUAAGUAGCACCUUGAAAAAUACACGUGUGUAGUUUUGAUGAGGUAACACACCAAAGUAAGUUAAGUCUGGCAAUACACGUGUGUAGUUUUGAUGAGGUGACACACCAAAGUAAGUUACGUCUGGCAAUACACGUGUGUAGUUUUUAUGAGGUGACACACCAAAGAAAGUAAUGUCUGGCAAUUCACGUGUGUAGUUAUGAAGAGUGAAAAAAAACGUCAAGAAAGACAUUUACUUAAUUUGCCAUAGAUGGAAGGAGUUAUCACGGGCGUCAUGGCUUGCACAUUCCCAGACUUUGCACCGACACUUUGCCGGUUUACCAAAGCACUUACACUUUGCCAGUUUACCAAUGCACUGGCACUUUGCCGGUCUGCCAACGCACCGACACAUUGCCGGUCUACCAACGCACUGACAUUUUCCGGUCUACCAAAGUACUGACACUUUGCUGGUCUACCAACGCAGACACUUUGCCGGUCUACCAACGCACUCACACUUUUCUGGUCUAUUAACGCACUGACAAUUUGCCGGUCUACCAACGCAUUGACAUCUAGCCGGUCUACUAACGCACUGACAUUGUUCUGGUCUACCAACGCACUGACAUUUUUCCGGUCUACCAACGCUCUGACAUUUUGCCGGUCUACCAACGCACUGACAUUUUUCCGUUCUACCAACGCACUGACAAUUUGCCGGUCUACCAACGCACUGACACUUUGCCGGUCUACAAAGCACACGGUCUACCAAUUUACUGAAAACUUGUCGGUCUAUCACCUUUUGGUCAUCCCAACUCUUUGGGGCAAUUAACAUUGGUCGUAUCUAUGAUGGGCAUAUGAAAUGACAUGUGACGUCACUUUGUCUUAUCGCUGUGACAUGUAACGACAAUUUUUUUGUGGUCUUGUCUGUGAAGACUAUUUAUGUGACACGAUGUCCUGUGGUCUGGCUAUGACUUCAUCACAAACAAAACAUCAGAGUUAUCGCUGCUUCCGGGAAUCAAUUCCAAAGAGCUGUAUAGAAUGUAUCUGUAACUUUGGUAUCUACCCACCCCCCACACCCAACACAAAUACACACACACACACACACACCACGAUUACGUCGCAUUAGUUGAGCAUACCCUCUCUCUAAAUCAAUGUUCCUUUCCCUGGCGGUCCGAGGUCAGACCAUACUAACUGAUAACAUUCCUCUGAAGAGUUCAACUCUCUUCAGCCAUGUUUAAUGGGAUGACGGGAACUCCAAACAAAACAUGGAGCACAUGGCCACUGGAUAUAAAACAUUUUAAUUGACCCGUGCCUGCGCGGUCUAAGAACCUUUGUUGUACAUCAUGAAAUCCAAGGGUUAGUCAUCGCUGAUGUAUUUCUUUUUUAAUUAAAGCGGUUAUCAACCUGAUUUGAAGAGGCGCAAUCAUGUCUUUGUGAUAGGUCAUUAUGAUUGGUCAAUAUGAUAGGUCCAUAUAAUACGUUAAUAUUGUAAGUCAAUAUGUUGGGUCAACAUAAUGGGUCAAUAUGAUGGGUCAAUAUGAUGGGUCAAUAUGAUGGGUCAAAAUGAUAGGUCCAUAUAAUGGGUCAAUAUGAUGGGUCAAACGGAUAGGUCCAUAUGAUGGGUCAAUAUGAUGGGUCAAUAUGAUGGGUCAAAAUGAUAGGCCCAUAUGAUGGGUCCAUGUGAUGGGUCAAUAUGAUAGGUCCAUAUGAUACGUUAAUAUGGUAAGUCAAUAUGAUGGGUCCAUAUCAUGGGUCUAUUUAAUUGGUCCAUAUAAUAGGUCCAUAUGAUAGGUUAAUAUGAUGGGUUAAUAUGAUGUCUCAAUAUGAUUGGUCAAUAUGAUAGGUCCAUAUGAUACGUUAGUAUGGUAAGUCAAUAUGAUGGGUCAACAUGAUGGGCCAAUAUGAUUGGUCAACAUGAUGGGUCAACAUGAUGGGUCAAUAUGAUGGGUCAAUAUGAUGGGUCAACAUGAUGGGUCAAUAUGAUGUGUCAACAUGAUGGGUCAACAUGAUGGGUCAAUAUGAUGGUCAAUAUGAUGAGUCAAUAUGAUGGGUCAAUAUGAUGAGUCAAUAUGAUGGGUCAACAUGAUGGGUUAAUAUGAUGGGCUAUUAUGAUGGGUCCAUGUGAUGGGUCAAUAUGAUGGGUCAAUAUGAUGGGUCAAUAUGAUGGGUCAAUAUGAUAGGUCAAUAUGAUGGGUUAAUAUGAUGGGUCAAUAUGAUGGGUCAAUAUGAUGAGUUAUUAUGAUGGGUCCAUGUGAUGGGUCAAUAUUAUAAGUCCAUUUGAUGGGUCAAUAUGAUGGGUCAAUAUGAUGGGUCAAUAUGAAGGGUCAAUAUGAUGGGUCAAUAUGAUUGGUCAAUAUGAUGGGUCAAUAUGAUGGGUCAAUAUGAUGGGUUAAUAUGAUGGGUUAUUAUGAUGGGUCCAUACGAUGGGUUCAUAUGAUAGGUAGUGAUCAAACUGGCACAUUUUUUCUUCAUUGUAUUUUCCAGGCGUUUGGGGAAUUUAUCAAAUGAAAUUAUAUUUUAAUUUGACAAAUGCAAAUGGGAACUCUAAGAUUAUCUUUAUAUUUUUAAAUCUAUUUAUUCUUGACCCACCACCAUAUUUCAACAUGCCUUGACCCUUCACCACAUUUCAUCAUGCCUCGACCUACCACCAUAUUUCAACAUAUCUUGUUGUUUACGUCCAGGUCCGAAUACUGAACAGAAACAACCAGAACUUCCCGGACAUCAGCAGUCCGCCGAGUUCCGCUCAGAGUGCUUACGUGUACAGCCAUCCCACGGACGCACGACAUCAACAGGGACUUGCAUCUGAUGCCGGCUCUGGUUACCGACCUUCGCCCGACAGGUCCUCGUCGCGAGGCAGGCCUUCUUCGGCUAGUAGUGCAUCGACCACAGGUAAAUUUCCGCGUCUGGAUCUUCACCACUGGGUGUGACUCCAAUUAGUCUCUAGAUCGGUGCUUCUUAAACCUUUCAGUCAUAAGGACCCGGUAGGAAUUAUUCAAAUUGAUGCAGGCACCGUGGUUUAAAAAAAAAAAAAAAAUAAAAUAAAUUGUUUUGGGUCAUUUGUUAUUUUAUUGCAUUUCAAAAUUGUUUCACUUUACCGGUUACAAUUGGUGUGUCUCCAAUUAGUCUCUAGAUCGGUGCUUUUUAAACCUUUCAGUCAUAAGGACCCGGUAGGAAUUAUUCAAAUUGAUGCAGGCACCGUGGUUUAAAAAAAAAAAAAAAUAAAAUAAAUUGUUUUGGGUCAUUUGUUAUUUUGUUGCAUUUCAAAAUUGUUUCACUUUACCGGUUACAAUAGGUUUUAUGGUUCACUGAUCGUCUGCGACGAACCAGCGCUAACAGUAUCACUUGCACCGGUCAACAGCAGAUUUGUUAUAGGACGCAAAACAACUCUAACGCAAAAAAACUAAUCUCUGCUGCCUGACGUCAUUGUGUCAUUGUGCGUAGGGUGAGACAGUGGUUCUUAAAACAAUCGAGUGGCCAAUAAAGAUUUCGAGUCCAAUUAUAAAGACAUAAGUACCUUAUAAAUCCUAAAAUUCUCAACUGCACUGAUGGUCACCUAACAUUACAAUUAAUCAGUCUUCUAGUCUUUUCUACCCUCAUAGCUGAAUAUUUUGAUAUAAUGUUUUUUCAUCGGUAACGACUCUUUUUCAAUUACGCCUGCUGCCGUCCUGACACUUAUUUCACCAUUUAUGAGCUAGAACAGCAGUUCUCAACUUCUGGGUCAUGACCCCUUUGGGAGUCGAACCACCCUUACACAGGGGUCGACUAAGACCAUCGGGAAACACAUAUACUCUACAGUUAUGAGGUAGCAACGAAAAUAGGUUUGUGUUUGGGGAUUGCCACAAUAUGGCAGGCAUUAGGAAGGUCGAGAACCAUUGAGCUGGAAGACUGACACACGACCUCUUAAUACGGUGGCCUUCGCCCUCAUCCGUUAAAUCAAACCAUGUACAAAGUCAUUCUCUUACCCUUAAUCCAUAAAAGCACCAACAACAAGUACACCUGUAGGUUGAGUUUUAAAUUAAAUCACACAAAUCUGUGCAAUCCUCUACGCAAUGAAAGCAAGUAUGGUUGUAAUUUAAAUUGUUUCUAUAGUAUAGUAGUUACUAUCCUAAUGUCUCAUUUUUUUAUUGUAGCUAGUUUACAUGCUUUUAAUAAUUGUAAAGCGCUUAGAGCUUUAAGGUAAGCGCUAUAUAAAAUGCCUAAAUAAAUACAUAAUGGUGAGUUAAACAGAAAGCUCCAUGAAAUUCCCGAUUUCUGCGCACAGAAGAGAUGCCUAAACAUUACCGCUAGUGAGCAUAGUGCACACAAUUUUCUUUUGAUUUUCGGAGGCAGGUCUCACUUCCAAAUAUGCAUGGUGUUAUAAAUGUGCAUUGUAAAGGUGGGUGUGUUAUUGAACUACCGUGUCACAGUUCAGGGACGUAAAAAGGUGUGCGGUGGCGUACCAGAGGGGGGAAAAAAGCGGGGUGGGGGGGAGAAGGGGGGUUUGCAUUAAUAGGGUUACUCAUUUAUUUAUUUAGAUUACAUAUGUUAUCCAGUUUAAUAAUUUACCAGAUGGGAAGUUCACGCAUGGCCGCUGCCAUUGUGUGUCGGGUUAUAGCUAUUUUGUCAUAUGAUGACCACAAAAAAAAACAACAACAACAACAACAAAAACUCAAUUGUGGGCUAAAUUGUAUUGCAGGAACACGGUAUUGUAGUCAAACACGUCUCAGACAAAAAGUCAAAAUCACUAGAGAUGAUGAGGAACUCACCAUCUGAUAACGAAACAAUUCAACCUUUCACCUGAUUGUUUUUUUUUCUUCAGUUUUUAUACCUCGUGAAGUUCUCCAGCAAGGGUGGUCCUGUCAACAUGGCGGCAAAUGUUAUGUAAAUGAAUGGAUUUCCGCUCAAUUCCCAACAUUACAAACAGGGACAAAAUACACCGUUUGUGUACACUGUUGUACAAAUAUUUGAAUGGUUGGGGGGGGGUGGUGGAAACACACCACUCAUUCGUUUCUAUUGUCUCAGCUUGCGUGGUAUCCCAAUUUCCACCCCCCCCCCCUCAAUUACACCCCAAAACCCUUAGGCUGUACACCUGUGUACAUUGCGUACGUCCUGAGUCAAGUUUACGUAGCAAUUACCACUUCAAUUCCGCAAUGAGUUCUUUAAUUGCUCCCCCCCCCGCCCAAUCGCUUUUUCUUCCACCCUCCCCGUGUUAGCUUCAAUUUUCUUAGUUGCAGAGAAGUUUGCUAAAAGAAAAAAUAAAAAAAAGAAAAAUGCGGCUUUAAAGCAUAAAUAACGUGUAACAGGUGCAUGUACGUUUGAAGGUGUGUAGGCAGGACUGAAGCCCGUGUCUAUACUGGCGUGAUUCCAUAGCCACCAGUGUAUACCUAUGUCAAUAUAUUUUGUUGUUGUUUGUGUGUGUGUGUUUCUUGUUAUUGGAUUAUUAUUAUUUUUUUUUUUACACUUUUCUUAUUUUUGAUGCAGGUACUGUGAGGACAAGCCAAACGUAUUUCUACCCCUUCGGCCGUGAGCGCACGCAAUACGUCUAUGACACGCCACCCCAGCGGAACAGGACGCAGACAUCGGACGACGCCACUGGAAGCCCUGACGACAGAAGCGGUCGCCUUGGGCCUAGUGAGAGGGGCGGGCAGAGAGAUGACAGACGUGUCGGUGACGGUGGGGAUGACCAAUCGCGCGAGAGGUCACAGGCCGAGCGACGAGGAGGUGCGGGUGGGUCGCAGCGGGGGUCACCGGUUGAAAGGAGGGACAGCGCCAGGCAGGGUGCGCCCAGCGCCCACACGAGGAGGGAGGACGUCCCCUCUGACCAGCAGGCUCUCAGCAGAGAGGAAGAAAUGAAGAGGAGGCUAGAGGAGAGGGCAAUACGGCUCAGGCAGAGGGAGGAGGCGCUGAGGAGACGGCAGGAGAUGGAGGAGCAGAGGCGGAGGCAGAUUGAGGAGGACGAGCUGAAACAGAAAGAGGAGGACGAGCAGUGGAAAAAGCAGAGAGAGGAGGAGAUAAGACGGAGGCAAGCGGCUGAAGAGGAACGGCGGAGGAGAAUCGAAGAAAUUGAGAAGCAGAGCCAGAGGCGAAGACAGCAAGAGGGUGGCGAAGGGGGCGCCGGGCAAGUGUCGGAUGAGGAAAGGCGUAGACAACAUGAGGAGAGACGGAGGAGACUGGAAGAAAUUGAGCAGCAGAGGAGAAGACAGGAAGAGGAGAAUGAAGGGGCCGCGGGACAAGGUUUGGAGGAGGAAAGGCGAAGGCAAGAGGAGGAGAGGAGGAGGAGAAUCGAAGAAAUUGAGCAGCAGAGGCGAAGACAGCAAGAGGAGAACAAAGGGGCCGCAGGCCAAGGUUCGGAGGAGGAAAGACGUAGACAAGAUGAGGAGAGGCGUAGACGCUAUUACGCGCAGCAGAGGGCCCGUCAGCAGCAGUACGCAACGUCCUCAGUGACCCCAUUAACCCCGGCCCCCUACUCGGGGAGCGACAGAGGUCCCCCCCAACGCCCUGACGUCAGCACUGGAGUCAGAUCCGGAUACAACCCGGCAGCCGUGACCGGGGCGCUCCCGAUCGCACAGGGGCGUCCUUCGAGCCAGGACAAUGGGUCCAGGUCAUCCUCACAGCAGAGCGGCGGCGGUGGUGGCUACGGCCAGCAGCUUCCUUGGUACUCUAACUACCAAGGCCCCAGGAACCCAGGUCAAUCCGUUUACAUUCCAGGCUAUCCCCAACAGACUCGCUACAGCACGUCGUCCACCUACCAGCAGGGGUCCCAGGUGUAUCCCAAUCCACGGCCGGGUUCGAAUCAGUCCUACCAGCAGCCGGGCGGCACCAGGACAGUGUCCACGAAUCGGGGAUCUUACCCUGGCUUCAGGACGCGGUACGAGACGGAUGGUCAAGUUCAAGGGCAAUUGGGCGCGGGCAACGAAUGGAGCGUCUUCCCUGACAUUGACCAAUUGGGCUCUUCAGUAAGUCGAAGUUUACAAAAAUGGCAUCCGCCGUUUGAUGAAAUUUAAUUUAGUGUUUAAACAUGCGUUUCGUCACAUCAGCUUCAGGUCCAGUUUUGCUUUGCAGUGAUUUUGCUCCUACCAAUUUCUCAUAGCUUGCCUAUAUGUUAUUAAAAGGAGAUAAUAGAACAUGGUAUGUGGAAGCUUUGAAACGAAAGACAGGACGGUAAAAGAAUAAGGUUUCGGCUAAGAGCCUUCGUCAGACAGGACAGUAAGAGAAUAACGUUUCGGCUAAGAGCCUUCGGCAGACAGGACAGUAAGAGAAUAACGUUUCGGCCAAGUGCCUUCCUCGGCAGAUAGGACAGUAAGAGAAUAACGUUUCGGCAAAGAGCAUUCCCCAGCAGACAGGACACAUGAAAAUACGACAAGACAUAUAAACGUGUUAAAGGCUUAAGAGGUCGGUAUUGUUAUUGCCGGAAGGUACAUUUUCAAAAACCUAGAUUACAGAAAAUGAAAGAUUACAAAAGUAAUACGCAUUUCUACUUCCCACUCUCGAAACUAUCAGAUUUUAAAAGUUUUAAAAAAAGAAAAAAAAUAGAAAAAGAGAAGAAUUUUCUAAUGUCUAAUGUUAGCAACACGAUACUUUAUUAUUUUCUAGAUGAAAAAUUUCUCAUUUAACGGAACAAAGUUCUUAUAGAAAGCUAAGUCGAAACUUAUUCAUUUGUUAGCAGCCAAACCGGCACUACUUUCAAAGUAACGCCACAGUUAAAAAACAAAUUGGGGGGGGGGGGGGGGUGGUUUUUUUAAAAUUAAUUCCCGAAAAAAAAUGACUUUUUCAGAAGUGUCACAAGUGUUUUACCCCCCUAGUGUCAUGUCACACCUAAAUAAAAUUCAAAACAUAAAAAUACAAUGUUCAUAACUGAACUAAGAUUUUAUGUUAUUCUUUAACAUUGUCCCCACGAUGGAUUGAGAUGGCGUAUUAUUAGAAAACUGUGACGUAAAACGUGAGACAACGAAGUCCUCCCAGAGCCGAAUGUCAAAUGGGUACAACAGUUUUUGCGUCAUUUUUCGUUAUCUCCAGAAGGUUUCGAUUUCGAACCCUCAAACUAAUGUUGUUUUUUAAAAAAUUAAUUGAAUAAAAAUUUUUCAAAAUUAGAAAAAAAAUUAAAUUUAAAAAAAAUGUGACUCACAAAUUUUUAACCCCCCCCCCCACCCGUUUUCACCGCCUGUCACAACCGGUCACACCUCCUCGACCCCCGUCCCCCAACCUCCACCCCUAGCGUGACGUAAUUUGCGAACGACCGUUCGUCACACAGUAAUGUGGCCAUUAUUUCUAUUUCGAUGAACUUUCCGCAGGAGUGCCCGGAGACAGGGCUGGACAUCAGGAUCAACGGCCUGGACUGUCAGAGCGCCGUCCGCAGCUAUGGCGCGUACCUGUGCUACUCGCACGAGUUCACGUCCCGACAGUGCUGUGAGGUGUGUCUGCCGAGAAAGCAACCGUCUCGAGUUGGUAAGGUGGACAAUAUUGUUCGUUUGUUUUAAAGCAAAAAAAAAUGCACGACCUCCAGUAUCCGACACCGCUUACGAAAACCGCAUGUGAUGGCUACGCAUGCGUACCCCCCCCCCCCAACCAAAAAAAAAACAAAAACAAAAAACAUCAAUCUUGCCAGCCGUCUUUUAAUCAAUCAUACGGCAUGGAAACUUUGCAGUCAAACGAGGAUGUGGUCCAACAUUCGAUAAACUGUGCGACACUCUCAUCAUGACGCACGUAACCUAUCAUACCAUCAUAUUAUCAUACCAUCACACAAUCACACCAUCAAAUAAUCACACCCUCAUACCAUCAUAUUAUCAUACCAUCACACCAUCAUACCAUCACACCCUCAUACCAUCUUAUUAUCAUACCAUCACACCAUCAUACCAUCACACCCUCAUACCAUCUUAUUAUCAUACCAUCACACCAUCACACCAUCAUACCAUCACACCCUCAUACCAUCAUAUUAUCAAACCAUCACACCAUCAUAUCAUCAAACCCUCAUACCAUCAUAUUAUCAUACCAUCACACCAUCAUACCAUCACACCCUCAUACCAUCAUAAUAUCAUACCAUCACACUAUCACACCAUCAUACCAUCACACCCUCAUACCAUCAUGUUAUCAUACCAUCACACCAUCAUACCAUAAUAUUAUCAUACCAUCACACCAUCACACCCUCAUACCAUCACACCGUCAUACCAUCACACCAUCAUACCAUCCUCACACCAUCAAACCAUCACAACAUCAUACCAUCAUACUAUCACACCAUCAUACCGUCCUAAAACUUCAUAUCAUCAUACCAUCACACCAUCACACCAUUAUACCAUCCUCACACCAUCAUACCGUCAUACCAUUAUACCAUCAUACCAUCACACCAUCAUACCAUUAUACCAUCCUCACAUCAUUAUACCAUCCUAACACCAUCACACUAUCAUACUAUCAAACCCUCACACCACCUUGAAAUCGAAUCCUGGCACCACCAUCGAUGGCAGGCGCGCAUUCGAUCAUUCAACCACAACAAGCUACCUUCUGUCUUUGGCUUUGAACCACGCUAUUAUCACCAUGACUACGUCGUCUACGUUAUCCGAAAUCCAGUGGAAAGGAGGGGAGGGAAGAAGAAAAAAAAAGGGGGAUGGGGUUGGUGGUUGCAGGGAGACAACUUGUCAAUUUAAAAAAUUAACUUACACACAUCUAACCAGUAUUUAUUUGAGCAGAGUUCCUUCCCUUUGGGUAACUUUUUUUUUUAUCGUUCCCUUCAACAAACUGACGUCAUGACGACGCGAUGCAGACAGCUGUCUUAUGAAAACACGUCUUGUCUUUUUGUGUGUUCUUUUUCUUUUCUCAAACGCCCUGCUAGCGGAAUAGAGCAGCUGGACCACCCCUGGCUUAACCCUGGAGUCGAAGAAUACUCAGCUGUAACGAGUUUCAAAUCUUACUGUUUUGAAGGACCAAAAAAAUGAAAAAAAUUGUCUUGAACCUCGACAACACUCGUUUUUUUUUUUAAAAGCUGGAUUUGAUGUCGUCAUCCAUGAUAUUAUUUCUUGAUGACGGGUUUAAUGUUGUCGUGCAGGAUGUGAGCCAUGUUCCCUUUAAGCUGCGCGGAUGCGCGGCCGCACAGCUAUCUCACAGACGCAGCAGUUUUGAGGAUCUGCGCAAUAAAUUUUCGUGUGUGUGUUUGUGGGCUGUAACAAUUUUCACACAGCUGUAUGAUUUUGGACACGAACAAGCAAAACUUAAAGGGAACAUUGGAUGGGACGUAUUCAUUUGGGGGAAACUUUUAUGACGUAUAGAUUUUGUUAGAAAACAAAUAAAAAUUUGUAGUAGCGGUAGAGAAAAAAAUAUUUUUGAAUACAGUUUCCUUGAACCAGUUUAAAACAAAUAUUAUUAUUUGUGGUGAUGGGGGUCUUUCUGUCCAGUUCUUGCUUUAUUUCUCCAAGAGUUCAGGUUUUUUUUUUACACCAGAAAAUAUUAAGUACGGAAAUAAAAAUGAUUAGCAUAAAUACAAAGUGUUCUAUAUGUUUAUUUUUUUUUUAAUUUUAGGAUGUGAAUAUGGAGACCAUACAGAGUUAUGUUCCACGAUUACACCAGCUGACUGCUACGACUUGAGGAAUAGACACUCGUGCUGUGACACCUGUGAGAAGUUUAGGAGGCCCGGUAAGUUCCGGAUAAGAUGUUUAGGAGGGCAAGUAAGUUAUGGAUAAGAUGUUUAGGAGGGCCAGUAAGUUAUGGAUAUGAUGUUUAGGAGGGCUAGUAAGUUAUGGAUAUGAUGUUUAGGAGGGCCAGUAAGUUAUGGAUAUGAUGUUUAGGAGGGCCGAUAUGUUAUGGAUAAGAUGUUUAGGAGGGCCAGUAAGUUAUGGAUAUGAUGUUUAGGUAGGCCAGUAAGUUAUGGAUAUGAUGUUUAGGAGAGCCAGUAAGUUAUGGAUAAGAUGUUUAGGAGGGCCAGUAAGUUAUGAAUAUGAUGUUUAGGAGGGCCAGUAACUGUGUUACUUAGACUGAGAGACAGAGUGAGAUCACAGCAUUUCCUUUCCGUCCAAACGUUGUAGCGUAGCUAUAAUCACGUGAUCGACUGCAGUUGCGUGUCCAACUCAUUUUGUUUGACAGUUCAACAUUUACAUUUCAAAAAUAUCCUUAUAGAAAUGGUUUUUUUUUUCUUUAAACCUCUGAAUAUUCUUUAUUAUUGUUUUUCUCUAAAUAGCUUUCUCUUCCCCCUCCUGUCCAAAUAUCUUUCUCACCCAGUGGUCUCUAAAAAUACAUGCUAUUAUAUAAUUUUUGAAAAUAUAUAAUUUAUACUAGCUAAAAUAUUUGUAAUAGGUAAAAUUAUAUAUAUUAUAUAACAGCAUGCGUGCCUAUCUGGCAGCAUCCAGCGUUCCUCUAGCAUGGGGCUCGCAUCCCCCCCCCCCAAACCCCUUGCCGGGAAACUGUUUAGUCGGUUGAUACUAUAUAUAGGAAUAUUUAAAACAAAUCCUAAUUGCAAACCCCCAUCCCCCCACCUCUCACCCCUCUCCUUCUGUUUCAGGCGCCCCUGCAGGGUGCGAGUACGGGGACAUGACCUCCCGUUGUGAGAACGUGCGCCAGAACCCUGGCCUCUGCUACAUACCUGACAACCAGCGGCUCUGCUGCGACACGUGCAAUCAGAUUAAGAACACCAGCAAUUUAAGUGAGUAAACACGGGGAGGGGAAGACGCUGUUGGACCCGUCCGGGUGGAUGUGAGGGGGGGGGAAGGGGGAGAGACACGCCCAUGUUAUCUCCUCAGAAUUGUAUUGUGUUAAAACAUUGUGUGAUCAACUCGUUUGUUAUGAUUUCUUAUUACCUAUUUUAAACGUUAUUAUUAUGUUUUGUUCGUUAGUAUUUUUGAUAAUGCAAUUAUUAUUUUCUUUUAUUAUAUUAUUAUCUAUUUUUAUUAUUGUCAUCAAAGAUGUCUGCGUAUAUAUUAUGCAUUCGAUGGCAGGACAAGAAGCGUGACAAAAAGGUCUUGGAACUUGCAACUAUGUUUAGCAUAUUCUCAGCUCUUAGCAAGCGGCGCCUUUGCUGGUUAGGCGAUGAAAGGAGCACGGAGGAAGGCCGUAUUCCAAAGGAGCUGCUGCAUGGAGAGUUGACAGAAAGGACAAGACUUAUUGGUCGGCCACGCCUGAGACGUAUGGACGUUCGCAAAAGGAGCAUGAGGGAAGCCAACAUUGAAUUCAACGAAUGGGAGAUCAACGCUGAGCAAUGUUACAGCUGGCGAACAGCAGUGUAAUGAAGGAGUAAAAAAAAAAGGCAGAAGAUGCACGAAACGAAGCCCUUGCAAAAGAAAAAGAACAAUACGGAAGGCCAAAUCUGGAGUCAAAGUUCUCCUGCGAGAAAUGCAGCCGCGAUUGUCCUUUCAGGAUUGUCCUCGUGUGUGAUUUAAUGAAGUGUACAUUGCUACUAUAUUAAAUUCUCGCUAAACGGAAAAAUUCCACAUAUAUAUCGUUAUUCUUAUUUUUUCUUUUUUAAAAGUAUGCUUAUUGAGAUUUUUUUAAUAAAACAUUAUAAACAUAUUUUUUUUUGGGGUUGGGGGGGGGGGGGGGGGGGGGUGUGGGGGUGAAUUUGAAUUGACAGUUUUUAAGCAUGGAUCAAACCCCAAGAAGCCAAAAAGUCUAGUAUGAAUCUAAGAGAUUACUGUUCUGUCCAAGAGUGAGCAUGUCAUAUUUUCGCUCACCAAACAGGUUGCGCUUGGGGCGACUACAACCCGAGCCUGUGUCAGAUGUAUGACGAGAGCUCCUCCAGCAUCCGUCUCAACUGCUACGCGCCUCAGAGGCGGCGAAUCUGCUGCGAGUCCUGCGAAAGGAUUAGAGAAUGGAUGUCAAAGGAUAUGCCGGCAGGUGAGUGGGGGUGGCAGGGGACAAGGGUGGCAGGGGAGAAGGGUGGCAGGUGAUUGGGGUGGAUGGUGAGUUAGACGGCAAGGGAGUAGGGUAGCAGGUGAGCGGGGUGGCAGGUGAGUGGGAUGGCAGAGGAGUUGGGUGGCAGGUGAGUUGGGUGAAUGGGGACUAGGGUGGAUGGUGAGUGGGACGGCAGGGGAGUAGGGUGGCAGGUGAGCGGGGUGGCAGGUGAGUGGGAUGGCAGAGGAGUUGGGUGGCAGGUGAUUGGGGUGGCAGGGGAGUAGGUUGACAGACAGGUGAGGGGUGGCAGGAGAGUAGGAUGGAAGAUGAGUUGGUGGAUGGUGAGUGAGACGGCUGGGGAGUAGGAUGGCAAGUGAGUGGGAUAGCAGGUUAUUGAGAUGGCAGUUGAGUGGGGUGGCUUGUUCAGUGGGGUGGCAGGUGCAACGGGCGGUAGGUGCAGUAGGGUGGCAGGUGAGUCAGGUGCUGUUAAAUAAAAAUUAUUUUGACCUAGAUUUGCAUACGGUGAUAUGUUUGUAAGACUCCACUGAGAGCUGAGACAAUUGCGUAACUGAUAGAUGAAAUAGGGGCGAGUGUCCCAUCAAGGUCAUUCUUUUAAAAAAAUAAAGCGUUUCUGCUCUGUGUCAUAGGGACACUAGCAAUUCGUUAUAAAAUCUUCUUUCUUUGAGAGGUUGACCAUUUAAAGCUCAGAAUACUAAGGUUGAAAAUAAAUAACCCGAUGUACAAGCUGAUGAAAAUGUUUUUAUCCAAUUUAAUUAAAAACGUAUGACUCUGACUUUAAGCUCACAUAAUAUGUUUCCAACUUGUAUAGUCUUUUAUACUGCGAACUUUGUUAACAACUCACUGCGUAACAUCAUAUGACCCGUUUACCCCCAAGUUAGUGUCAGAGUAGUUUUUCAACUCCCAAAAACGUAUUUUCAUGCUCCGAAGAGUAGUCUGGUCAAUUAUCGGUGCUGGGGAUUCGGGUGGGUGGGUUGGAGUUGGGGGGGGGGGGGGUUGUUACAAUCAAAAUAAAAGUUGUGUCAGAAGAUUUACUCAGCUUCUUAGCUACUUGUGUAAAGAAAUAUAUAAGUUAUGGUUCUCUGAUUUGUUGAAGGAUGUCUUUCUUAUUGGAUUGUUUACGGUAAUAACACAAAAAGUGUGUACAAUUUUUUUUCCUGAAAACACAAGUAUUUAUUUUUUUAAUUUAAAAUAAACCAAACAUGAGACCAAUCUCCCCAAAAUAUAUAUAUUUUUUUUAUUUUAGGCUCUUAGUAGCACCGUAAUCGUAGGCUUAAAACGUGGUUACUACGGCGAAAGCUUAAGGAUAAACAGGUCUUCACCUUAAACACAACUACGUCCUCAACAAAUCAACACCAUCCGCAAUUUCUCCAUUUAAUCUUUUAAAAAAACAAUUAAAAAACAACACUACCAUUAAACAAACAAAUAUUCAAUUAUUUAUUUUCUUUGAAAUAAAUGUUCGCUUUAAAUAUAUGUGGAAAAAUAAAUUGAUUAACUGACACGAGAAUCAACAUACGAGAAAGCGUAUGCCAGUUUAGGACGAACAUUUAUUCACCGGUCCAACGCUCUGAGCUAAAAUACAUCUCCUUCCGCCGUCAUACUCCCUGCUGCCCCAAUCCUCUGAUCCACCCACGCCACUUCCUGCUUCGAUGUUUCAGACUGCCAGUACGGCGACCGGUCGGUCGUGUUCAACACAGGUCAGUACGGCCGACUGAACUGCACCAGCCUCUUCAACUUCUUCAGCGUCGACGAGUGCCGGACGAACAGCGCUGUGUCGACCAACUGCUGCUACACCUGCAACAGGCUGCUGUCCGGCAGGGGCUGAGAGCUGCUGUCCGGCAGGGGCUGAGAGCUGCUGUCCGGAAGGGGCUGAGAGCUGUUGCCCACCUCUGAUCACAGGCCAUAGGAUGCAUGGAGUGUGUGUGUGGGGGGUGGGGAUGGGCUUACAGAUGUUGGAUGUGUGUAUACAUGAAAGACUGUUGGGAUGUGUGAUGUAAAGAUGAUGGGUUUAGUUACAGUAAUAAAAAAAGACAACUUGAUUGUGCGGUGGUGUGUUAGCUUUUGUAGUUAAAAGGCUGUUAUGGUAAAGAUUCUUUCCUCAAAGAAGAAGAAAAAAGAUAAAAGAUGGGGUGUAAAUAUAAUCUAAUACGGAGGUUCUCAAACUUUUUGACUCGUGUAGCCCUUUUCAGAAUACAUGUAUAAGGAGGGGUUUGCCGUUUAGGCCUUCACUAUGUCUUAGAGGCUAUCGGUGUUGAUUUUAUUUCCCGAAACUGCCGCGGAGCGCCUCAAAAGUGCACGCGGAUCACUUAAGGUUCCACGGACCACAGGUUUGGACCCACUGUGCUAAUCCAAUGGAAUUUAAGACCGGUGUUUUUUCUUGUAAGUACCGUGUCGCAAUUCAACUAAUGGACGAUCUCUGACGUCCAUGGAUUGGAUAUCGAUAACGCAUCCGCUCUGCACAAGGUGGGGACUACUGAUCUAACAAAACGAAAAAAAAAAGAGAUCCUAACCUGAAGCUGAAUAUGUUUAAGCAACUCUCUAACAGUGGAAAGCAGUAGCAAAACGCGCUUUUGAAGAAUUUUCAUGUUAUCGUCUCACCUCCUCCCCCAUCUCCCCACCAAAAAAAAUAAAAAUAAAAUUCCAAGCAAAGUAGUUCAGUUUAAGGGUCACAAAAUAAGGAAAAAUUAAUCUCCAAACUAAAGCGUCCUUUUGAUUAAAACUAUCUAUUAUUUCAAUUUAAAAAAAAAAUAUAUAUGUAUAUUAGAAUCAUUACGACUGUACAAAACAUAAAAGUAUUGCGCACCACUGCACCCAUAAACACAGCGUUCUUUGUUUUAUGAAGGUGUGGUAGAAGGGUGUCUCUGUUAGUCUCACCGCGGACACUAAUCGUGCAACUUAUCACGGACACUACUGCGCUAGCUAGACUCACCAAGGACGCUGCUGUUAUGUCUGAUUCAUCGGACGGUUCUAUGUACAUAAAACAUAACGCUGAUAGUGUUAGCCUCUCUGUUUUUUCAAUUUUGAUAUCUUCAUUGUUAGAAUGAUUCAUGUAUUUAAAAAUAUAUAUGUUAAGAUUUAAUAGGACACCAUUUUGGAUGCUACUAAAAAGUUAAAGUUAAAAUGCUAAAUUAAUAAUGAUUGUUUUUUUUUUUGUUUUUUUUUUAAAAUGAUUACUACCCAAGAAAGAUAAUUAACAUUAACAACUCUGUUUCAUCAGAUGGUUUUGUUUCAAUUAUUCUUUUCAUUUUAUUAUUAUUAUUUUUUGUUCUAUAAAAUUUUUACAAAACUUUAAGAUAAAUGUGUUUCGUUUUUCUUGUUAAUAUAUAUUUCAGAUUUUUAAAUUUAGGUUAAAUUUGUCAAAACUAAAAUAAUAAAUUCUAUUGAAUUUC